ACCCUCCUGCAGUGUGCUGGCAACCGGGGUGCAUCGGAACAUAUUUUACCUUUUUUGGAAGUGUAUCGAAUCUCUAUCCAAAGCUUUGCUAAUGCACGACCUUACUUGACUACAGAAUGUGAAGAUGUUCUUUUGGUACUUGGCAGGCUAGUGCUGAGUUGUUUUGAGCUACUGCUUUCAAUUCCUGAAAGUGAACUGCCACACGAAGUGUGGUUAGGAUUCCAUCAGUCCAUUCAGGAUUCACAUGAUGCUUUACUGGAAUUUGGGAAUAACAACCUCCAGAUAUUGGUGGAUAUCACAAGGGAAGGAGUAUGGAAAAAUCCAGUUCUUCUUAAAAUUCUAUCCCAGCAGCCAGUAGAAACUGAGGAAGCUAAUAAAUUGAUUACACGAGAAGGGCCUUCCUUUCUGCAGAUGCGAAUAAAACACCUGAUGAAGUCAAACUGCAUUCCCCAAGCCACUUGCUUGUCAAAACUGUGUGCAGAUUCUCCAGAAAUUGCAAAUGUUUCAUCUUUUCGCCAAGCCUACAUCACGUGUGUGUGUUCUAUGCUGCCUAACGAGGACUCCAUUAAGGAGAUUGCAAAGGUGGAUUGCAAAGAGGUACUGGACAUCAUAUGUAAUCUGGAAUCUGAGGGUCAAGAAAACACUGCAUUUAUUCUUUGUACAACAUAUCUUACUCACCAGCUUCAAACAGCAAAUGUGUAUUGUUCUUGGGAACUGACACUUUUCUGGAGCAAACUGCAGAGAAGAAUAGAUCCUUCUUUAGAUUCCUUUUUGGAGAGAUGUCGCCAGUUUGGCAUCAUUGCCAAGACAUUGCAGCACCUUUUUUUCUUGAUAAGAGUCAUACAGUCUGAAGCAGAAGAAGCAGGACUUGCCGUGUCUGUUUUGCUGUGUGUGAGAGCCCUUCAGAUCAGGUCCAAUGGCAGCGAUGAAAUGAAGACAUCAGUGUGUAAAACAAUUGCAUGUCUUUUACCAGAGGACCUUGAAGUUAGAAGAGCCUGUCAGCUCACCGAGUUCCUGCUGGAGCCAACCUUGAGCGGAUUUAAUGCAUUGGAGGAGCUCUAUAUGCAACCUGAUGAAAAAUUUGAUGAAGAAAAUGCCCUGGUUCCAAAUUCACUGCGCUGUGAGCUGCUGUUGGCCCUCAAAGCAUAUUGGCCAUUUGAUCCUGAAUUCUGGGACUGGAAGACUCUGAAGCGGCACUGCCUUAAGCUGCUAGGAAAGGUAGUAUCUGACUCUGAGGAUGAUGCAGGUUGUCAUAUGUCAAUCAAUGAAACCGACAUGUUAGAAACUUUCUUUAGUGACUGUGAUGAGACAAAAGAACACAGAUAUUAUGAUGGGAAAGGCACAAUGAACCACCCUAAAGAAAAAGCAAGAGUAAAAAAACCAAUUGGUUCUUCAGAAAGAUACCAGAGAUGGCUUCAAUAUAAAUUCUUCUGUGUGCUCUGCAAAAGGGAGUGUAUAGAGGCCAGAAUACUGCAUCAUUCUAAGAUGCACAUGGAAGAUGGUGUUUAUACAUGUCCUGUGUGCACAAAAAAGUUCAAGAGGAAGGAAUUUUUUGUGCCACAUGUAAUGGAACAUGUUAAAAUGCCACCUAGCAGAACACACAGACCCAAAAAGAAAAUAAUCCUGAAAAAAGAGAGGUCACCACAAAAGACAACAGGUCCCAGCAGCCCACUCCCAGCAUUUCAGGAAAGGCCACACCAGCCACAGCUGCCUGAAAGCUUCGACAAUGACACACAUGAAUAUGUCACGUUCAGCCAACUGGAGAAUUGCCACCUCCAGGACAGAGACAUCUAUCCAUGUCCUGGGACGGAUUGUUCUAGAGUUUUUAAGCAGUUUAAAUACUUGAGUGUACAUCUGAAAGCUGAACAUCAGAAUAACGAUGAGAAUGCCAAACACUACCUGGACAUGAAGAACAGGAGGGAAAAGUGUGCGUUCUGCCGCCGACACUUCAUGACCUCCUUCCACCUGCGGGAGCAUGAGCGCGUGCACUGCGGCCCUCAGCCCUACAUGUGUGUGUCCAUGGACUGCUACGCCAGGUUCGGCUCUGUUAACGAGCUGCUCAACCACAAACAAACACACGAUGACCUUCGUUACAAAUGUGAACUCAAUGGCUGUAACAUUGUUUUCAGUGACUUGGGACAGCUAUACCAUCACGAGGCACAGCACUUCAGGGAUGCAUCAUACACCUGCAACUUCUUUGGUUGCAAAAAGUUUUAUUAUUCAAAAACUGAGUUUCAGAACCACCUCGCAGCACACAAUAUCCAAGUGUCAAAUGGGGAAGGGAAGGUUUCAAAAGACAAAUGCAAUUAUCUCCCAGAGUCUCAGCUGCUUGAGCAAUCUGAAAAUUCCAACAUGAAUGAUAAGUUGGAUCCUUCAGGCUCUCAGGAAAUUGCACAGGUGAAGGAAGAAUCUCUCUCUGACAGUGAAGAUCUAGAUAGUGGAAGUAACUGCAGCCUGCAUUGUGGGGAGCACAGGGCAGAUGCUGCAGUAGGCCAACAUCAGGCAUCUCCUUUGCUGCUUGAAGCAGUGGCUCACAACCAGUCAGUUCCAGGUUUUGUGGUGGCCCAGGAAGGAGUCUUCCAUCCAGCAGAUGUGAAACAGCAGUGUUCCAGUGCAGCAGUUUGCUUUGAUGAGAAAGGCCUUUCCUAUGGUUUUGAAGGCUGCUGUUCCACGCACAAAAACUCCAGAAGUAUGCAAAAACAGCUUCGCAGGACCCACCCAUACAACUUUAAGGGCAAAAGAAAUAUGGAGAUGAAAGCUAAAGACUUUCUCAAUCUGUUGAGUGAUGCUCAGGACAGUAAAUCCCCUACAGACAUGAAUACAAAGUUAGAUCAUAAUUCUGAUACAAAUGCUGAUUCUCCAGAAAGCGUGUGUUGUGGUUUGGAUGCUAAAGGAAGCAAUGGCCUGAGGGAGGAAACGUGUCCUUCUUCCCCAGAAACAUCUUUUUAUGACAGUUCUAAAGAAUCAAAUAUUGAAGAUAACAUGUUGGAACUAAUGUUAGGUUUGAAACAUCUAAGCUUAAAAAAUGCUAACAUUCAGAAUUCUUCAAGGCACAAACAUUUUUUGGGCUCUUUGCAGUCCUGUUCAUCCAGGGACGUCAAGUGCCCUGAGUCAGUUGAUGAAACUACCUCAGAAUUUCAGCUUCAAGAGCAACAAGGUAAUUUACCCAGCCAGUACCUUACUCAACUGGCAGCUAAACCAUUCUUCUGUGAAUGUCAAGGAUGUUCUUGUGAGUUUGUGACCAGAGAAGCUCUCUUAAUGCAUUAUGUGAAAAAGCAUAACUAUUCAAAGGAAAUGGUCCUUCAGCUCAACAUGUUCCAGCACCGGUACUCACCCUUCAAGUGUCACAUUUGCCAAAGGUCAUUCACGAGGAAAACACAUCUUCGGAUUCACUACAGGAACAAACACCAGAUUGGCUGUGAGAGGGUGGCUCACAAGGUGUGUCCUAAUGAGAAGUUUGAUCAUGUAGGUUUAUGUGCAGAGGACAUGCAUAAAAAUAGCACUGCCCCAGCUCCUGCAUGCACCAACAGUACUGGGUUCCCUGAGCAUCCAGACCACUCCCAGCAGCUGUGUCAUCCAAAGAAGGAGGACUGCUGCUCCGAGACAGAUCUGGAGUCCAGUGAGGAGACAGACAACAAUGGAACAAGAAAAACAUCCAACAUAGCUUCUCUGGCGAGUCAUGGGGAAGAACUGGAAGCAAGACAGGGAAGAGGAAGCAAAAGAACAGUUGCUAAAGGAAACUUAUGUUACAUAUUGCAUAAGUACCACAAACCAUUUCAUUGUAUACAUAAAAGCUGCAACUCAGCAUUUACAAACCAGAAGGGUUUGAUUCGCCAUUACAGAACUGUUCACCAGUACAAUAAGGAGCAGCUCUGCUUAGAAAAAGACAAAGCAAGAACAAAAAGGGAACUUGUCAAAUGUAAAAAAAUAUUUGUAUGCAAACACAAGGACUGUGGUAAGCGUUUUUUGUGUUCUAAAACUCUUUCUAAGCACUGUAGUGACUUCCACAACGAAGUCUUAGAGGAUCAAAAACUGCUUUCUGAAGCUGAGUCUGCCAGAUUUGCUUGUAACCAAGCCCAGUGCCCUGCUGUGUUUUAUACAUUUAAUAAGCUUAAACAGCACCUAAUAGAUGAACAUGCCAAUGAAGAAAAGUUGAACAAAGAUUUUGAAAUCCAUUGUGACCUUAAUGGCUGCAAUCGAAUUUUCACAAAUUACAGUCACUACUCUCAGCACGUGUAUUUCAGACAUAGUGAAUAUUAUGAUAGUCUCUUUGGAAAUCAGAGAGAGGAGGAAGAUGAAGAUGAAAGUGAGCAAAAUGGUUUGAAAGACAGCUUUGACACGAGCAAGCAGAAUGAGAAGCAGUUAAAAGAGAAAGCUAAAAGAAUUAGGAGAAGUAGAGAAAAGCAUUUGCUGAGUUUCAAAACAAAAGAGGAAGCCCUACAAAUGUGCAAAGAGAAGUCUAACCAGACACAGUACCCCUGCAUGGUCCAGGGGUGCCUGUCUGUUGUCAAACUGGAGAGCAGCAUAGUGAGGCACUACAAACGCACACACCAGAUGACAAACAUGUACAUAGAGCAGCGCCUGCAGAAACUUGUGCUUUGUGUUAAAUAUGGCAUAAUGAUUGAAAAGCAGAGUAGCUCUGACACAACUUCAGACCUGGACAAAAAGGGUGCAGAAGUUAACGAGGAUAAAUCAGCUAAUCAUGAGCCUGUGCAGGAGAGUGACAAAACUGUUGUUCCAGGCCCUCUCUGUGAUCUUCCGGACAUGAACAAUGAAGACCAAAACCAAUGUCCACCAAGCAGUGUGAGCUUUGAUGCCAGUGCCUUUGUGUAUUCAGGCACUUUAAAAUACAACCACGGUUCAGAGAACACCUGUCUUGAAGAGCCUGAAACCAGGGAGACAGCUGUGUCUAAAACUGAAGAUUUUUCUGAAAACACUGAAAGAGAGAAUAGCUCUUGUCUCUCCAGUGUACAGUUAGACUUGCCAAGAGAGAAUGAUCCAGAAGGAUGUGAAAACAGUGCAGUUAAUCAGAAUACAAAAAGACAUGUACUUUGUGCUACAAAAGACAGAUUUCAGAAGCCUCCAGUGUCCAAACCAUUUGAUUUAAAGACAUACAAACCAAUGGGAUUCGAGUCUUCAUUUUUAAAAUUCAUUCAGGAAAGCGAGGGAAAAGAUGACGACGAUGAUGAUGAUUGUGAUGAGGUGGUAGAAUGGGAGUCUCCCGAGCAGGUGCCAGUAGAUGAAACCCUGCAAAAAGAAGAAGACAGUCAGGGGGAUACAUCAGUAAACAGCUUCAUAAAUGAUGACAAUGUGAUCAUAACCCAGAGUAAUCCUGAGCAGCUAACAGAGAUUCAGCCCUUGCUGUCAGAGUCCUCAUCUGCCCCUUCACUAGAGAACCUGAGGGCGAUCUUGGACAAGGCCCUGACGGACUGUGGAGACCUUGCCUUAAAACAGCUGCAUUACUUACGACCAGUAGUUGUUCUUGAAAGAUCCAAGUUUUCCACACCCCUCAUAGACUUAUUUCCAACAAAAAAGGCAGAUGAGCUGUGUGUAGGAAGUAUGUAA